AUGCAGGGGCUAUUCGACUCACUAAUCACGAUUAUCGAGCUCAUUCUGCAUGAAAUGGAAGAGGCUUCGGAUGAAAUGGUAGCGGGAGAUGUGAGCCAUGUUCAAGUUUCCUUCUUCAGUGAGGAUGAGACACUGAAAGUCAUCCCCUCCGCAGUUUUUGAUGUUCCUGUGUCAGCCACAUACGAAAACCUAAAUACACUAGUAAACAAAACUAUAGCAGCAGCUCAAGAAAACUGGAGCGAAAAACGUUUUGAGCUUCUUAUUGGUGAAACAUUUGUACGGUCGUCUUUAGCUGAGUUUAUCGAGGAGCACAACGUUGAUACGGAAACAGUCUUGAAAAUUCAAUGUAUACUUGGUAAAGAAACUCCGAAGUCAUUCCUUGAUAUCCCUGCUCCUGACUGGGUAUCCUCUGUGACUAUCUCUUCUUCGCAUAUUUUCUCCACUACCUAUAGUGGUGAACUGAUUAUCAACAAUAAGGAAGGCAAGCAACUUCUCGAAAAUCACCGAGAUAAAGGAAGUGCUUAUAAAUGCACCUCCUUUCUUCUUUUUGCGAUGGUUGCUGGUGAAAAUCAAAUUCUCACGUUAUUUGAAGUUGAAAACAAUGCUCUGAAUCCAAAGGUUGUUUUUCGAGGUCAUGAGAGGAGCGUUGAAUGUGUCGAUGUCAAUCCCGAGUGUACUCGGUUAGUUUCUGGCGCGUUUGACUCAAACAUCAAAGUUUGGAAUUUGGAGAAUGAUGAGGAUACAGUGUUCGACAAAGCCAGUCACAGUGAUAAGCAUGCUAAGAAACGAAAGGAGAACUUUAUAACGAAGGUUCCAAUGGUAACAUUAGGAGGGCAUAAAGAUGUUGUUGUCGGUCUGAAAUGGUGCACAUGGAACAAUAAUCAAGUUGUAUCCGCUUCGUGGGAUCAUAGCAUUGGUCUUUGGGAUUUACAGCUGGCUGGGGAAGUUUCACGAAUACGUGGCACCAAAGCUUUCACAAGUAUUGAUGUCAACAAGAAAACUGGGCUUGUUAUUAGCAGCAAUACUGAUGCCGUACCUAGGCUUUACGAUCUCAGAAGUCAUGAUGGAUCUGUUGUGAAACAGUCCUUCAUUGGGCACACAGGUUGGGUGACCUGUGUGAAGUGGAAUCCGAAUGACGAAUCAUGCUUUGUCAGCUCAUCAUUUGAUAAGUCUGUAAAGAUGUGGGAUCUACGAUCGUCAAAAACUUCACUCUUUGAUCUCUACGGCCAUGAAGACAGAGUUUUAUGUUGUACGUGGAAAGAUUCCUUGAUUGCUAGUGGAUCCGCUGAUAACACUAUAAAAGUGUUCAAAUCUUCCUAGUUGUUAUUGCCUCAUUGUUACUUAUAAUAUCUUAGCUUGCGAACAUUGAGCUU